GAGAAUACUACAGAACAUAUGAAGAAAGUUGACAAGUUGUUAGACGUUGCAAACAUUAAUGCCAUCAUUGAGUAUUUAAUAUCCUACUAAACAACAAAAGACUUUCUCUACAAUAUAACUUGUCUAUAACUGGUAUAUGACACAGUACUUGUGUAGCUCACCUGUGUGUGUGUGUGUGUGUGUGUGUGUUUGUGUGUAUUUGUGUGUGUGUGCAUUUGUGUGUUUGUGUUCUCCAGAUCAGUCGAAAGCCUAGAGAAGAUUCUGGAGAACACAUGUCUGAACCAGUCUAUUACACACAUCAGUGUAGGCCAUCUGAAGGCUCAAAUGUUUCAAACUGAUGAGAACUUCACAGGACUUAACAUCUCUGAGGAGGUGACCUCGGACUGUCUUAACGAGACCAGCAUGAAUCUGGAAGUGAAGCUACCAGGAGAGGUGCUGGUCUAUGGGGAGAACAACAACAUAGUGUUCUGCAUGAUCACAUCCAAUGUGUUCAAGCCCCUGACGGUCCUGUAUGGUAGGGUUGUGGGUGUUACGGUGAGCAACAAGACAAUCUCAGGUCUUCAGGAGCCUGUCAACAUAACAUUUCCUCUACAGCCCUGCCCUGUGAACCAAAGUAUGGGAACAAAUGUUUCCUUUUCCUGUCAAUUUUUUAAUUUUUCUGACAACAAUUACCACAGCGAAGGUUGUUCCACCCACUAUGAACAGGGCCAGGAUCGAGUGCUCUGCUCCUGUAACCAUCUCACCUACUUUGCUGUGCUCAUGAUCUCCCCUCCAUUAGCAAUGAAUGAUGAGGUGGCCUUGAGCUACAUCUCUCUGAUUGGUUGCAGUGUGUCCCUACUCUUCCUGAUUUUCACUGUUGGGCUCUACAUCCGACAGAGGCUUAGAAGAGUCACUGGUCUUGCAGACGUGUCUCUGAAGCUGCACAUCAACCUGGCCGUGGCACUGAUCCUGCUCAACUUGCACUUCCUGCUCAUGAAACAGGUGUCAUCAAUGGUCUCGUCGGGGGCCUGCAUCUAUGUGGGGCUCCUCCUCCACUACUCCCUGUUGGCCACCUUCUCCUGGAUGGCCAUUGAGGGCUUCCACCUCUACCUGCUCCUGGUCCGAAUCUUUAACAUUUACAUCAGCAGAUAUCUGCUUAAACUUUGCCUCGUGGGUUGGGGCUUUCCUGCUGUCAUUGUCAUCAUUGUAGUCAUCAUAAACAGAGAAGCGUAUGGCCCUGUGACUUUGCCAUCAUCUGAGGUCAACACCACCACGACCAAAAUAUGUUACCUGUCUGAUGAGGUGGCGAAGGUUGUGACCACGGUGGGCUUUGUCAGCCUGGUCCUACUCUUCAACCUGGGUAUCCUGGGGAUGGCAGCGAGGCGUGUCCUCUCUAUGAGUGUGGCACAGGGAGGGACUGUUGAUGUGGCCAGGGGCAGAGUCAAAAGGGAUCUCUACACCCUUUUGGGCAUCAGUUGUCUGCUGGGUGUGACCUGGGGUCUGGUGUUCUUCUCCUUCGUUCAACUGGCAACACCAGGCCUCUACCUGUUCUGUGUCCUGAACUCCCUACAAGGGUUCUUCAUCUGCGUGUGGAUCUUGGUAUCCAUGAGGAAGAGCAGCAAUCGCUGCACAGAAAGUGUCACUCACAGUGUUACUCACAGUACCAAAACCUGAACACACAGACACAUAAAUAUACACAGACACAAGAGAGCACAAACACACAUCAGCACACACACACCCCUCCACACUAAUCUUCAAUGUCAGGAAGAUCAAGGGCUGAACUCUGUGGCACUGUAAGCGUUUGGGUUUGUGAUUUCAGUCACCAUAAAUGUGCAAAUAUAGCAAAUAAUCUUUUUCUCUUUGCAUUAUGGUAUAUUGUGUGUAGAUUGAUGAGAAAACUAAUUUCAUUUAUUGAGUAAUAAAGUUGUAACUAACUGGUUGUUGUAAGAAAAAUUACAAAAUGCAUUUUAUGUUAUUCAACUUGUGGAAUAAAGC